AUGGGGAUGGUCACCAGAGCCAAGAAGCGGAGGCUGGAAGAGGAAGAUCUCCUCGCCGACCGGAUCAGCAGCCUCCCCGAUGGCGUCCUCGCUGACAUCGUGUCCCUUCUCCCCACCAAAGACGGCGCCCGUACGCAGCUGCUCUCCUCCCGCUGGCGCCACCUGUGGCGCUCCGCUCCUCUCAACCUCGACCUCCAGAGCGACUUCGUUGGCAUCCUCGCCAGCGAUCUCUCUCGCGUCCUCUCCGCGCACCCUGGCCCUGGCCGCCGUUUCGCCAUGCCUCGCCGCUACAGCAUGGAUUAUCCCACCACGGCGACCCUGGAUGUCUGGCUCCGGUCACCCGCCAUUGACAGUCUGCCACUGCCGUCACCAUCAGUAGUACACCGCUUCUCGUCCACCCUCUGCGUCGCCCGCUUCUUUGGCUGCAGUUUCACAAUCCCAGGUGGAAACGACGAUGCCAGCACGCUCCAACUCCAAUUGCCGCUUCUCAAGCAGCUCACCUUUUCCCAAGUCAGCAUCCCGGAGAGCUGUCUGCACGCCUUCCUCGCCGGCUGCCCUGUCCUGGAGAGCUUGGCGCUACUUCACAGCAGCGGUUUUCCUCGGCUGCGUAUCGCGUCCAGUAGCAUCAGAAGUAUCGGUGUGCAUCCCCGUUAUUAUGUUCAUCGGGGUUCUAUACAGCAGCUCAUCAUCGAGGACGCCCCGUGUCUAGAAAGAUUACUAUAUUUUGGAGGAAUUGAAAUUAGCAUCUCGGUAAUGUCUGCACCAAGAUUGGCUAUUUUUGGGAACCUCCUUGAUGGCUUUCCCAAGCUUCAGUUCGGGGCCACGGUUUUUAAGGGAUCAACCAUUGUUAGCAUGUCAGGAGGGGUGGUGAGCAGUGUGAAGGUUCUUGCCUUAUUUGAUAUCAAACUUUGCGUAGAUGCGGUUAUUAACUUAUUGCAGUGCUUUCCCCACUUGCAGAAGUUGUACAUCCAGAUAACAAGAGAUUCGAGGAAAGAUUGCUUUACAUACGAGAACCUUACUAGUACCCUUGACAUCAGCCUCAAGAAAAUUGCAACAGAGGCUGCUCCAGAUCAAAAAGUGCGCAUCAAGGGGUGCUCGGUUUGA